AUGACAGAUUUGACGACAAAACAAAUUGUGCACAAAAUAUUUGAUGCGGUUAUGAUCUGCACGGGGCAGUAUUCUGAGUCAAAUAUUCCUUAUAUAGAAGGCAUAGAAACAUUUCCAGGGAGAAUUCUCCACUGUAAUUCAUACAAAAAACCAGAAGAAUUUUCUAGAAUGUCAGUAAUGAUUCUGGGAGCCUCUUAUUCUGGAACUGAUAUUGCUGUAGAAUUAGCGCCGUAUGCUAAUCAGAUUUUCUUAAGUCACGAUGGUGAAAGAUUAAAGAGCACACUUCUUCCUUCUGUAAUAGAAGUUCCAGGCAUCAAACGAGUAGAAAAGAAUACAUUUUUCUUGAAAGAUGGAUGCUCAGUAACACCUGAAGCAUUUAUCUAUUGUACAGGAUAUUUAACAAAAUUUCCAUUUUUGGACAAAACCUGUGGAAUAACAGUAGAAGAAAAUUUCGUUUUUCCGCUUUAUAAGCACACCAUAAACGUAAAUUAUCCUUCCAUGUGUUUUUUGGGAAUAAAUAGUGAUGUAGUUACAUUUCCAAUGUUCCACGUCAAGGCUCAAUACUUUACGGCCCUUCUGAAAAAAGAGUUCAUUUUGCCGCUAAAGGAAGUGAUGCUGGAAGAUGCGAAAUUAAAAGUAAAAAAUAAAAGACACGCACACAGAUUAUGUCGUGAGCCAUUUAAUUUUUUCGAUACUUUAACACAGGAAGCUGGGAUUGAAGCACUACCAAGCUUUUACAGAAAAGCUUUUCAUCUUUGGGCUGAUAUGAGGGAUUCUGAUCUCUGUCACUACAAAAAUGGUAAAAUUGUAAUUUCUGAAGAUGGAAAAACUGUGGAAAUAAUUCCGGAUCCAAAAACCAGUUAA